CCAAAACACGCCAGACCGGGUGCCCAUGUGGGCCCUGCGGGCCCUGCGGGCCCUGGCAGAUCGCUAGUCCAUGCUCUCUGCGGACGCUUAGCCAUGGCAUUUGGCGCUUUCAACAAAGGCUUCAGCAAAGGCUUCGGUACCGCUCCAGCAGCGGGCAAGGGCGGGGGCAGCGGCUUCGGGGGCGGCUUCAACGAUGAGGACCGCAGCAGGGACUGGCAGUGCCCUAAUGCAUCAUGUAGAGAGAGAAACUUUGUCAAGCGGCCUGUGUGCUUCAAGUGCGCUACGCCGAGGCCUGCAGAGGAGGUUCGCAGAGCCACGCAGCCACCGCCAUCAGCUGGCACCACGCUGCAUGGCAUGGUCAAAAGCUACAACAAGAAAGGGUUCGGGUUCAUCAUGUGUACCGGGAACUCGGACAUUCAGGACUUGUACUUCACCAGGGAGAAUGUCAGCUCCCGACUGCUGCACCCGGACAUGCCUGGGGAGCGCGUGACCUUUGAGAUAGGCUACGAAGGUCGCCGAAUGAUCGCCAGGAAUGUCCGACCGUUUGGUGAAGAUAAGCACACCCAAGCGGCAAUGCUGGCCAGCAGCAACAAGGCAAGAUAUGAGAGGGGCUACGAUGAGGAGGACACCAGCAGAGAUUGGAAUUGCCCGUCCUGCAACGAGCGGAACUUCCUGAAGCGCAACGUUUGCUUCAAGUGCCAGACGCCGAAGCCCAUCAUCGCAG